ACACCCAGAAAUUACACUACACCAAUGAGUCUUCAGCGCAGUAUGUUAACGACGCUUUAAAGUCCACGAAUGGGGACGCAGGGGGCUUCUGGGAUCGAAGACUGUCCUUUCUGUCAAAUGGCAAACAACCGGACUGACACAGACAUCCUGCUGAGCGACGAUGAGCUGGUUUGCUUUCGUGACGUGAAGCCUGGAGCCACCCAUCACUACCUGGUUAUUCCCAGGAUGCAUAUCGACAACUGUAAAACUCUGAAGGCGGCCGAUAUACCUCUAAUAGAGCAGAUGGAACAAAUGGGAAGGCGUAUACUGGAGAAGAACAAAGUCAGCGACCUCGAUGACAUCAGGUUGGGGUUUCAUCUGCCUCCAUUCUCAUCUGUUCCCCACCUCCACCUCCAUGCUCUGGCUCCAGCCAGCAAGAUGAACUUGAAGUCGCAGCUUCGCUAUGGGCAGCACUCUUACUGGUUCAUUACGGUAGAAAAAGUGCUUUCACAGCUGAAGACUCACGGCAAAGUCAAAUGAAGAGAUGCAGAUGGACCAGCCUUUUUUGCUCUCUAGUGCACUUUACACGAUUUCUCCACCCUGCUUGACAUUUCGGUGCUCAUAAGUUUGAAUACAUUCCUCCACGCAGCUUGCUGACUCAGUUGUGGAGGAGAGUGAAAGAAAAAAAUCUGACUUUCUCAGGGGUUUACAUCAUUUGUUUUAAACAUGGAAUUUUGAGGGAUAAAAGGCAAUCAUACUUUGCAUAUUGAGAUACAAACCUGACAAGUCAUUUUUGUAUCUGUUUACUUGUUUGUUUGUAUGAAGUGGAUCAGUCAAUGCUACUGUUUAUACCUU